AUGUGCGGCUGGCCGCUGCUCCUGCUUUGGGGGCUGCUCCCCGGCGCGGCGGCGGGGGGCUUGGGCCGGGCCCUCCCGCACCGCACCCUCCUCGACUCCGAGGGCAAGUACUGGCUGAGCUGGGGCCCCCGGGGCGGCCGGCUCGCCUUUCGCCUCGAGGUGCGCACCGCUGGCUACGUGGGCUUCGGCUUCUCGCCCACCGGGGCCAUGGCCGCGGCGGACAUCGUCGUGGGCGGGGUGGCCCACGGGCGGCCCUAUCUGCAGGAUUAUUUUACAAAUGCAAAUAGAGAGUUGAAAAAAGAUGCUCAGCAAGACUACCACCUGGAAUAUGCCAUGGAAAAUAGUACCCACACAGUAGUUGAAUUUACCAGAGAACUGCAUACAUGUGACAUAAAUGACAAGAGUAUAACGGAGAGCACUGUGAGAGUGAUCUGGGCUUACCAUCAUGAAGAUGUGGGCGAAGCUGGCCCCAAGUACCAUGACUCCAAUCGUGGCACUAAAAGUCUACGGCUUUUGAAUCCUGAGAAAACCAACGUGUUGUCUACAGCCAUACCAUACUUUGACCUGGUGAAUCAGGACGUCCCCAUCCCAAACAAAGGUACGACCUAUUGGUGCCAAAUGUUUAAGAUCCCUGUGUUCCAAGAUAAACAUCAUGUAAUAAAGGUGGAGCCACUGAUACAGAGAGGCCACGAGAGUUUGGUCCACCACAUCCUGCUCUACCAGUGCAGCAGCAGCUUUAACGACAGUGUCCUGGACUAUGGCCACGAGUGCUACCACCCUAACAUGCCCGAUGCAUUCCUCACCUGCGAGACCGUUAUUUUUGCCUGGGCCAUUGGUGGAGAGGGUUUUUCCUAUCCACCUCAUGUUGGAUUAUCCCUUGGCACUCCGUUCGAUCCACGUUAUGUGCUCCUGGAAGUCCAUUAUGACAAUCCGACAUAUAAGGAGGGCUUAAUAGAUAAUUCUGGACUGAGGUUAUUUCAUACGACAGAUAUAAGGAAGUAUGAUGCUGGGGUGAUUGAGGCUGGCCUCUGGGUAAGCCUCUUCCACACCAUCCCUCCAGGGAUGCCUGAAUUCCGGUCUGAGGGUCACUGCACUCUGGAAUGCUUAGAAGAGGCUCUGGAAGCUGAAAAGCCAAGUGGAAUCCAUGUGUUUGCUGUUCUUCUCCAUGCUCACCUGGCUGGCAGGGGCAUCAGGCUCCGUCAUUUUCGCAAAGGGGAGGAAAUGAGAUUACUGGCUUAUGAUGACGAUUUUGACUUCAAUUUCCAGGAGUUUCAGUAUCUUAGGGAAGAACAAACAAUCUUACCAGGGGAUAAUCUAAUUACUGAGUGUCGUUACAACACAAAAGAUAGAUCCCGGAUGACUUGGGGAGGAUUAAGCACCAGGAAUGAAAUGUGUCUCUCAUAUCUUCUUUAUUACCCAAGAAUUAAUCUUACUCGAUGUGCAAGUAUUCCAGACAUUAUGGAACAACUUCAGUUCAUUGGGGUUAAGGAGAUCUAUAGGCCAGUCACGACCUGGCCCUUCAUUAUCAAAAGCCCCAAGCAGUAUAAAAACCUUUCUUUCAUGGACGCAAUGAAUAAGUUUAAAUGGGCUAAGAAGGAAGGUCUUUCCUUCAACAAGCUAGUCCUUAGCUUGCCCGUGAACGUGAGAUGCUCCAAGACAGACAAUGCAGAGUGGUCGAUUCAAGGGAUGACAGCGUUACCUCCCCAUGUGGAAAGACCGUAUAAAGCAGAGCCUUUGGUGUGUGGAGCCUCUUCUUCCUCUUCCGUGCACAGAAAUCGCUCUCUUGAGCUGCUCGUGGGCUUCAUGGUACUCGGCAGCAUGCUGCACAGCACACACUUGUGUUCACCAUUCUGUGCCUGGGGACGGUGUUUCCUGUGAUCCGAACGUGUCGGGUUAAAGACACUAUGGGCAUGAAGAGUGAGCAUGAGGCCUGUGGAGAACUUCCAGUCACACACGCCCUGCCUCCCCACGUCCAUCCUUCCCUGUCUACCUGAGAGAUGUCCAUUGGGUUCUCUUCUUUUGCUCAGAUAUGUCUGAUAACAUGUAUCCAUUGCCAAUAAAACAAAACUGGACUGACAACCUUUUUAACAAACUUGCACAAACUCAAGUGGAAGUGAAAGAGGUCUUUAUUUCCUUCCAUGGUUCAUUUUAUUUAAAGACUCAUUACCGUUAUUUCACUUUUUAAUAAUUGGUGAUUUGGCUUCCAGAUUCCUUUCUUAAAAUGCUUUCACCUUAAAAAUGUAAAAGAAAGUACUCUCUGUUCCAUGUUUCUUCCUCUUUAAAAUUUUUUUUUUCUUUAAUCUUCCUCUUUAUUGUUCUUUGGGUGUGACUUCCACAGUAUGACAAUGGUUCUCUCUGUCCUUCAGUGUUAACCCAGCUCUGCCCUUUUCUGUAAAAAAACUGAUGGGCCCCUUACCUCAGUGCUUUUUAGUGAUGUUUAUUCUAGCUUCUUUGUUUAUCUGAGGCUACUGGUAUUCCCAAACUACCCUAAACCCAUCUCAAAGUAUUUUCUUUUUCCUUCCCUGCUCAGCGCUGACCAGGUGAGUUUUUUCUUGAGUUCUGUCACUCUCUAAAAAGAAAGAAGCUAAGGGAAACACAAAAAUGGUGCAUAAUGGAUUGGAGGCUGAGGAGGAAAUGUAGCUGGCUGCAAACUCCAUGCUGUGAGGGGUCCUUCAUGAGGUUCCGGGCCAAAGGCCAGGUAGUACAAGCCAGCCUAGGAGGGUGGGAGGUCCCUGCAGCACCUCACUGACCAUGUUGGGUGUCAUGUGUGUGGCGUCCUGACUCAAUUUAAGUCACAGUUGCUAAGGUAGAUUUAUUUUUAUAUUAGUUAAUAAACUAACUUUCCUUAGUAAAAUCGUCACCAAUGGAAAAUCUUGUCACUUUUUAGGUCCCCUUUGUGUAGUUCAGCCAAAUCUUGUUGUGUGUCCUUUCCUCAUUUCUUAACUAAGUCUGUUUGGCUCAUAUUAAUAAACUAAAUAAAAUUAAAUGUUUGUGUGGAAUCUUGUACACUCUUUGAAAUAAGGAAGAGAUCCAGGACUGAUGUGUCCAGUCAAAUGGAUUGAAAAUGUUGCAUUUUUGUAUUCGAUUUUUUCUUUCUCUCCUGCAAACAAUGUCUUCAGCACAAACUAUAUCGUCUUUUAAAUAAACAUUGUAUUUUGGAGU